AUGUCUUUCCGAGGCGACGGCCAGCGCCGUUAUGGCCAUCUUCCCCCGGUGCAAUACCCCACACCCGACCAGUCGCAAGAUCAGUCGGCUUACCUCGGGCGGCGGCCGAGUUUCAACAAUGGCGAUGAUGCCGCAAUGUUCGAUCAGAGCCGAGCGCAAGCUCGUGGUCAUCAGCAGUCCGCCUCGAGAGGUGAAGAUGAACUCUUCCUAACAAGCCCGACAACUUCAAGCCAUUCUGGAGGCCGGCACAGCUACAGCUCAACAAACAAUGCGCUCUCCGGUUACCAGCACCAGUACCAAGCUUCGUCGCCUCCGACGUCUUCGCAUUCAAGCUACAACCCCCAAGCCUUUGCGCGGACGCCGUCGACGGCGUCGGCAUCUCUCCCGUACCACCCCGGUCCCCCGAGUCGAUAUGGAUCCGCCGCUUCGCCGACAUCAUAUACAUCUCCAACGCAACCUAGCUACCAGCCGGCAGCCUACAACCCGGCUGCGUAUGCGACCACGACAGCUCCUCAGCGUCAACCGACAUACUCCGGCUACAAUAACUACAAUCAAAGCUACGGCUCCCCGACGGCUCCCCAGUCCUCCCAGGGGUUCGGCCACUCGCCCACCUCCUCGUACCAGGGCACCUUCCCAUCCGCGCCAUCCGCGACUUCACCGGCACCAACCUAUGAUUCGACUUUUUCGCAGUCUUAUGGCAACAACUAUAACUCCUAUGCGACAAAUGGUAACAGCUCAGCCGCGUCGUACGCUUCGGACAACUCACAGACACCUUACCCAAUCCAAUCGUCGAUGCCCGUCGGACCGAACUACGCCGAUUCCUCGUCCUUUUAUAACAGGUCUGCGCGAUCGGACUCGGCAGCAUCCCCGAUUUCGUCUCCGCAGAUUCAACAGCAGCACUCCCCCGGCUUGCAACGACAUCCCACCAACGCCCCUCUCCCGAGCCGGCCGAUGGAAGAGCCUACCUGGGACCCGAGCGCUAUCACUCCCACAGACGAGGACCAAGCUCAACUACAAGACUCUCUGCUCCAAGACAUCGAGGCUGAGUUGGGCGGUCGGCACCGCCCCAUGCCAAUCAACGGACAAUUCUCCGACGACGAACUUCAAGGACUACGGCGGUAUAAUUCUGACCUUGCUACCGCCGGCAUGGCACCGUCCUCGAACGCGCCGGCUGCUAACAGGACUCCAAUCCCGACGUUCGAUUACGACGAUGACGACGACGAUCCAGAGGGAACUGCGGGGGUGUUGGCCAUGCAGCAGGCGGAGCUGGACGACAAGAGAUUUAGCAGCGUUCCAUUUUCUUUCACCGAGCCAGUCGCCAUGAACCCUCUCCCACCACCACCUGAAGAACAGAGCGAUGAUACAGACUAUGGCGGGAUGGACUUGGGUGCGCUUGCUGGGGGCUACCCUGGGAAUCUGGCAUACGGCAGUGAAGUCGGCCCAACACCGGCCCAGGACGGAUCCCGGCCGCUCCCCAACCCCGACGACUACGAUGUUUCUCAUGAAGCCUACGAGAGGGCCCCUGCUUUCCGAGAUGCGGAAGUCGACUAUGGCGGCACGGGCGGUCUGCAGGCACCGUCUGCUCACCGGCUAAGCUUCGACGAUGGCGAUGAACACGUGUCGCUUCACUCAAAGCAGAGCGGCAGCGAGUCGCCGUACAAGGAGGACUAUCCUGAUCUCUACUAUCAUCCAGGACUUUCCAACAGGCCGCUUCCGGCGCUUCCCCCAGGUCCUGGUAGCGAUACAAGCUCUCUACUUUCUGUUCACCCGACAACUCGCAGCUACCAUUCCCACUCGCUCAGCACCGACUCGCGAACACUACAUGAUGGCGGCUCAGACUACCACGGCGGAGGCUCUACCGGCCUGAACUCACCAUUCCCGGAGCGAUCCAUUUCCCUGUCGAGCCACAGUCACACGCCCCAAGUACAAGCUCCGGUUCGGUCACGGACAGAUGCCGCAGAUGAGAGGAGAAAGAUGGCCCGCUAUCAGACUCAACAACAACAACUUGCGGCACAACAGGGCCUGCCAUACGAUGGCUAUGAGUCGGGUACGCCGUCAUCGAUGACAUAUGACAUGAUCACACUGCCUAGCGGUCGGAAGAGGAAGUUCGUGCCGUCCAAGCUUACUUCUAGCGAUAUCAGGAGAUGCUAUGAGCCUUGGGCUCUUAGCGGAAUCGCCGCAUGGAUUCGCGAAAUGGCUGAUGGCGAACCGGACUUGAAGCAAAAAACAGUCGAAGAGGCAUUGCUCAAACUGUUCACAGAAAAGGUCCCUACCAUCAAUGUUGCCGAUGCUGAGCUUCUCAGUACCCUCGUCUCACAGCUGAUGUUGGACGCUGGAGUUCUUGUCCCAGAGGAAGAAUGGGUCAAAUUCGGAAACGGUACAAUAUCCGGAGUCCUGCCGCAACUGACGGGGUAUGGCUGUUAUGCUCCCAAGUUGCAUGACGACGACUCUCAAUCCGGGCGCUGCUACUCACAUCACUGUAUGAGGACACUCAGAAAGGCCAACCUAGAUGAUGUGCUUCUUGAUGAGGUCAAGCCGGCGGAUUGGAAUGUUCACUAUAAGAUACAGGAAGCUGAACUCGCUGAAAAGCCGAAGAAGGAGAUUGAGCGUCAGCACGUUCUCCACGAGAUCGUCAACAGCGAAGAGUACUUCGUCAGUCAGCUCGAGGUUCUCCGUGUACUGUACCGAGAUCAUCUGCGGAACUCUCAGCCUCCCAUCAUUCCACCCAACAAGAUCGAUAAGUUCCUUCAAGUCGUGUUUGGAAAGGCUGAUGCCGUCCAGCUCGUCAACAAGGACAACCUUCUUGCACAGCUCAAGUAUCGCCAACAAGAGCAAGGCCCCUGGGUCUCGGGUUUCUCUGAUCUUUUCCGUGAAUGGAUCCGGAAAGCCAAAGACGUCUACAUUGACUAUGCAUCACAAUUCCCGUACGCAGAGUACAUGGUGCGCAAAGAGUCUGACCGAAAUCUGCUGUUCCGCAAUUUUCUGGAGCAGGUCAUGCGGCACAAGCGCUCUGAGCGCUUAGGAUGGCAACAUUUCCUCAAGACCCCCAUCACGCGCUUGCAGAGAUAUUCUCUGCUGCUCGAAACCGUUGAGAAGAAGACACUUCGAGACGACGAAGAGAAGGCCAACUUGGCAAGGGCAAUCGCCGAGAUUCGCAAUGUCACAAUGGAGUGUGACACGAAGGUGGCCGAGAUGCAAAAGAAGGUUGAAAUGAUGGAACUAAAUUCCAUGCUCGUUCUCAGACCCGGUUUCCACUCGGUCCUCAACCUUGACCACCUCGGCAGAGAACUUAUCAAGCAGGGCGAUUUGCAGAGAAUGGGUUCCAAGGGUGUGAGAUGGGUCGACACGCAUGCCUUGCUGUUUGAUCACUACUUCAUCCUUGCAAAGGUUGUGAGUCCGAAAGACGUCAGAGGCGAGAAGAAAUACGACGUGUCAAAAGAGCCUAUCCCUAUGCCUCUACUUUUCCUUGAUAGCAUGAACGAUGACCCCAUUUCGAAGCAAAAGGGCAUCACUGCUCCUCUGGCUCGCGCUGGCGGCGCAGGUUCGGACCCAAGGUUGAAUCGGAUCGCUGCUAACGGCACUGAGCGUCCUGGUCUGGAACAUGCCGCAACCAGCUCCUCGAUUGGGUCGACAUCAGCAGCCAGGCUUACGCCGACAUUGUCUAACGAUCCUGAGGGUAAGAUUCUCUACCCUUUCAAGAUCAAGCACUUGGGCCACGAAACAUACACACUGUACGCUACAUCAGCUCAAAGCCGCGCGGAAUGGGUUGAGAAGAUUAUUGAGGCCAAGACACGGCAUGCCAAGGCUUUAUUCUCUCAGAAUGCCGAGCCAUUCCGCCUACGUGUGCUGGCAGACAGUGCGUUCGUUUAUGAUGCAGCUUCAGCUGUCGGCAGGCAACCAGGCGUUCCCAUUCGCGGAACCCCUCUGGACCGAGCUGUCCGGGAGAUCGAGGAAGUUUACGGACCUGGCAGAGGGCCAGCCCCCGUGUGCAGAGCCCAGGUCAACUGUGCUUGCGGCUUCAACGCGUUUGGCAAGUCGAUCGUUGCCAUUGGAACAGACUAUGGCGUGUACAUCUCCGAUGCCACAAAUCCCCGCGGCUGGAUGAGGAGCGUACAAACAAACAGAGUGACACAAAUAGCUGUCCUGGAAGAGUUUUCUGUCUGUCUCAUCAUUGCGGACCGCUCUCUCAUCGCUUAUCCUCUCGAUGUCAUUGCGCCGGUAUCGAACUUCCCUGCCCCUGCUCACGACAACCCGAGGAGAGCGCCACAAAGAUUAGCAAAGGAUGUUGCUUUCUUUGCCACAGCGCGCAUGAAGGAACGCAUGUUGGUAUUCUUUAAGCGGAAGGAAGGCAUGCACAACACCUUCAAGGUACUCGAACCUGUCUUCCAGAAGGCGUCGGAAAAGAGACCUCGGAUAUUCGGCGGCCGCAAGGGUUUGGGAGGCAGCACCGACUCCUUCCGCGACUAUGACGAAUUCUACCUCCCUACAGAAUGCUACUCCCUCAACCUCUUCCAGAGCUAUAUCGCCGUAUCAACGGCAAAGGGUUUCGAGUUGCUCACCCUCGAUAAGAAGCAGACAAUGUCUAUACCCGACCUGAAACAGCCCGCUAUUGCGAACAUUGCAAGCAGGAUACGGGAUCAAAGACCUCUAGGCAUGUUCAAGUUGAACGAUCAAGAGUUCUUGCUGGCGUACGAGGACUGUGCCGUCUACGUCGACAAGCACGGCGAUGUGAGUCGCACUUUAAUUAUGGAGUACUCGGGCAAGCAGAAGAAAGCUACAAGCGCGACAAUGUAUGGCCAGUACCUCCUCCUUUUCAAUGGAGACUAUGUCGAGGUACGCAACGCCGAGAACGGUCGCCUCAGACAGAUCAUCGCCGGUCGCGACGUUAGAUGCCUUGACUUCGGCGUCAGAGGCCCCACUGGUGGCAAUGCCUCGGCCUCACAGAACAGUUGGCUCGGCGGGCAGACACCCGCAGGAGAUGAUUCCAAGGGAACGGUCAAGAUCUCCAUGAGCCACCCGGAACAACACGGCGUGCAGGUCGUUCUUGAGAUGCUUCUCAACGAUGGACAUAUGGAGAAAUAG